AUGAAAAAGGAAUUUUUAAUAGUAAUGACUUUAUUCAUGUGUAUUAAUGGAAUCUAACAGAGUAAUGGAAUAUUAGAUCUCUAAAAUUUAAAAGCACAUAAACUAUUUACAAAAGUAAACAAAAAUGUUACAUAAUAAGAAUGUGUAAUUUGAUUAAGAAUUUGAUGAAGUUCCAAAAGUGGUCGUAUCUAUAAAAUAAAUAAUUGGAGAGCAAUAUGAACUUUACACUAGAACUAGCAAUAUCAAUUUGAAAGGUAUACAUAUAAUGUUUUACUUAGAUAAGGAUUUGAUUUAUAGAUAAUCAGCUCAUCAGAUAUAGAUGACAUAAAAAUUAAUUAUCUAGCUAUUAAUGACAAUUCUUUGAAUAUUGUUUGUGAGAAUUACCAAACAAAAAAGGAUCAAAUUAUAGUUCCUUUUAACUUAGAGCAUUCUUAGGUGGCAGCAUUUAUAACAGGAUUGAAAUUGUAAAAAAAUGAAAAUGUUUACUUCAAAUUAAAUUCUAUAACUAAUUCAUAAAUUGUCUUUGAAACUAAAUAAAAAGCAAUGGGUCUUUGUUUAGUUAUUGGUGAUUAAGAUAAAAUUGCUAUAACUAAAUAAUAAAUAACAACUACUUAAAAAGAUAAUAAACUAGAAUUUAAUGUGGAGAAUAUUGAAGAUUCAAUUAAAUUGUAAUUCUAAAUUCAAUAUUAUGAUUAGACCUUUGGAAAAUUAAAUACUAUCAUUUGAUGAUAUUGUGAAUAAAUUAUCAGUUGAAACUAAGGAAGAAUAAUAAUAAACUCAAAUAUAAAAUGAAGAAGAAUAGUAUCUAGAUAUUGAUAGUAUCUAAAUAGAAACUAUAGGAAUGAAUAUUAUAUAGUAAAAUAUAGAGGAUGAUGUUAUUUAAUCAGUUGAGAUUGAGUAUUUGUAAACAUAAAAGUAAAUUCAAGAGGAUUAAUUAUUAAAAAUAGAAGAAAAACAGAUAGAAAGAGUUUAAGAAAAGAUAGCUGAAACAGUUAAUGAAUAAAUGCAAUUAGAAUAAUUAGAAGAAAAGAAAUUUUUAGCAUAAAUGAAUUAAGUUAAUAUUGAGAAUGUAUAAAACAUAGAGGAUUCAAUUUAAUAAGAAAUAGCUAUAUAAGAAAUAUAUUAGAUAGUACCAUAAACUGUUGAUGAACUAGAUAUGGAUGCAUUAUAUAAAGAAUUCACAUUAAAUUAAGAACUUAAUGAUGAUUUGGUUGCAUAUAACAAAAAUAUAAUAAGUCAAUAAUAAUAAUAAUAAUAAUAAUAAUAAUAAUAAUAACAAGAUACUAUAUAAGUAAUUGAAUCUGUUGAUAUUGUUUAAGAAUCAUUAGUCAAUCAAAUAUAAUCUUAAGUUAUUAUUGAUACAAAAUAAGUAGAAACAUAAUAAUAAAUACCAGAACAAAAAUAAUUAUAAAUUGAUGUACCAUUGUUCGAUGAAGAUUUAACAUUUGAUAAUAUAGAUAUAGAAUUAGAUUAAUAAAAAGUUGAAAAAUAAUAAUCAGCAUCUCCUGCUUAACAUAUAAUUGAUAUUUAUAAUGCAUUUGCUAAUGAAGAAACAGAAAAAUUAAAUUAAAAAGAGAAUUAAGAACAUCCAUUUGUUGAAGUAGAAACAGAAACUCAACCAGAAGAAAUGCCUGAUGAAUUAGAUGAUUAAUUAGCUGGACUUAGAGAUGGACUUGAAGGAAUUGAUUUUUCGUUAUUUUUUGAUGAAUUUUCUAAACCUAAUGAAUUGGUUGCAAAUCAAGAACCAGAAUAAAAAUCAGAAUAAGAACUUAUAUAAAAUAAAAAAAGUUAAUAAAAAUAUGAAGAACCAAAAGAAUUUAAAUAACCAAAAGAGAAAAUUGAAGAUGUUAUGAAAGAUCUAUAAAUAAAUAAUGAUAUAAAAACUACAGAAGAUGAAAAACAAUUAAUUACUCAAUUGAAACAAAAAUCAGCAGAAUUGAAAUAAAAAUUAUAAGAUUAAUAUGAGACUGUUCCAAAAUUGGAAUAAGCAAAAAAGUAAACUGAAGUAUCAAUUCACCCAAUAGAUGAAUAAUGUAUAAUUUAAUAUUUAUUAUUUAGAUCCAAAAAUAGAAUCUGAUUCUAAAAUAGAUUAUGAAGUAGAAAGUAAAUAUAUGGAAUGGUCAAUGAGUUAAGAUUAAAAAAUAAAAAAAAUAGGAUUAGAUUUAACAGAAGAUGACCUGAAGAAUCCAAGAUUCUCAUUAUUAUAAAUGGAUCAAAAGUCAGAACUAGAUAUUUAGAAAUAAAUUAAUGAUUUCUUGGGAUUAGAUGAUUUAUCAUUUGUAAUGAUUAAGUAAAAUCUAAGAGGAAGAUGAC